GUUUUUUUUUGCCUUUGCAUCUACCACCGCAAUUGCAACAAUUCUUCAUCAUCUCAAUUUAGGGCAAAAAAAAAAAAAAUUUCUUUCAGGAUCCUUAAUUACAAAGGAUAUAAUUACGUAGAAAUAUACGUAGGUAUGUAUAAAUAAAGUCAUCAGGUUCUUUCUGCUUCGUCGGGUCCUUGGUAUCCCUCUCCGAUCAAAUCAAGUUAUCACGGGCUCCACAAAGGCGCAACAGAAAUCAGAACACACUGCAUUCUCAAAAGAAUUGAAAUGGGGAUGCAGAGAGUACCGUCGUUAGUUGACUUAUGUGUUCAGGUGGCCAUAGAUAAUGUUAGGUACCUGGGAGAUGUUGGAGAAACAGAUUUUCAUCUUUUAGAGCGCAUUUUACCCCACUGUACGCUUGAUCAAUUGAUGCACAUCGAGAAUUGUACUGAAGGCACAGAUCUUAGCCUGGUCACAGAUAAACUAUGGAAAAGAUUUUACGAGCGCCAAUUUGGUGCUCAUAACACCAAUGUUGUGAUUGAGAGGAUGAGAAAGAAUAAAGUAACAUUUAAAUGGAAACAAUUGUACGAGGCAAAGUCAAAAGAUGUGGAAGAGGCACAACAAAAAUCAAUUGACCGAUUAAGGCAGCUAUAUCAAAAAGAAGAUGCUAGUAAGUAUAUAUCUUACUUGUUAUGGACAUUGACUGACAAGUUGCAGGUGUCUUCAUUUGACUGCAAGAUUAUUUAAUGUAACUUGGCAAUUAUCAUUCUGUGUAAAGGGUGUGAGUUUCUGGUGUUAUAUUUGAAGAGUGAUGUGUUUUCUCUUUGCCUCAAGUAAUACUGAAAUGUCCUGCUGGAGUGCGUUAAGGCAUGCACAAGUGUUUCCUCUUUAAAAUCCCUUUUUAUGAGUAAUUUGAGAGUGAAUUUCAAUUUAGUGUAGUCUUAUAGAGGUUGCAUUAAAACUAAAAUUGCUUAAUCACAACUCAAUCUCAACAAAAUCCGUAUUAUCAAGGUCUGCUGUAUGUAUUCUUUCUUUCCGAGGUCUAGGAUCUUUUGUCCUUGAUUGCACAUAGAAUAGGAUUUUCUUUUACCUCAUUACCCAUUAUUUUCCUGCUUCCUGUUCCAGUAGGCACACAGAUUGUUAAUGUUUAUUAUAUUGCUUUGCCCGUUAAAUGUAUAUAGGGUGUUCUUUAACUGGGUACCUAUGUAACAGUGUUUAAAAGGGCUUAAUCGGGUACAUAUGUGAGGCAAGGCCAGUGUUUUUAAAACCGGACCGAACCUGCGGGUUGAACCGGGAAACCCGUGAACAGUUCAAAAUUUCGGUUCAGUUCAUUUCCAAAACCCACUUUCUUGAAACUGGAUAAAAAAACCGGUCAAUUGAACAACUUAAUCGUUAACGCGGAAACCCGGUGCCGGGUUUUAACCGGCUUUGGCGGUUUGUAUUUAUAUGUAUAAAAGUUGAAGUUUUCACACUUCAGCCUAUUAUAAUUGAAAGAGGCCCAAACACUAGCCCUAUCAGGUAAUGACCCACUCUUUUUGGCAUUUGAUGUGGGAUAAAUAUUUAUAGGAUGACUUUUCAGUGGAUUUUUGCUAGGAUUUCAAUGUGGGACAAGUAAGUUUGCCUUUGGUGGCUGUAGAAAAAUCUCAUUCUAAUAUUUUUUUUUUUAACUUUGCUCUUCUCUAAUUAAUAAUUAGU